AUGGCGCCCAAGGUGAAGGAGGAUGAGAGACUCGAGAGGAUUAUCCGCGGUCUGUUGAAACUUCCCGAGAACCGAAGGUGUAUUAACUGCAACAGUUUGGGACCGCAAUAUGUUUGCACCACUUUUUGUACAUUCGUCUGCAUGAACUGCAGUGGGAUACACCAGGAGUUCACGCACCGGGUAAAAUCAAUAUCAAUGGCUAAAUUUACUCCUGAAGAAGUGAGCGCACUUCAAGCUGGAGGAAAUGAGCGAGCACGGCAAAUAUUUCUUAAAGAAUGGGAUCCUCAACGCCAUUCUCAUCCUGACAGCAGUAACCUUUAUAAACUCCGGGAUUUCAUCAAGCAUGUCUACGUAGAUAGGAAAUUUAGUGGUGAAAGAAGCGAGGAGAAGCUCCCGAGGCUGAGAUUGACCAACAAAGAAGAGUCCUACACGAACAGAAGUUCUAAUGCAUAUAGGAGUGCAUCUGGAAGCCCUAGUUAUGAGGACAGAUAUAAAAGACCUCAUAGCGGAAGGUCUAGUCCAAGCGGACGAAGCGAAGAUGGGAUGUUAAGAUAUUAUUCUGAUGAAAGGAGAAGUCCAAGAUAUGCCCGAGAAAUCUCGAGAUAUGGGGGUUAUAGAAAGAGUCCUGUCCGUUUCGAGGUUGUUGAUGACCGGUUUCGGGACGACGUGUUAGGAGGUGGCAGGCGAUCUCAGGGUCAAAGGCUUUCAAAUGAAGAAUCAAGGCGGGGAAGCAGGUCACCCGAGAAUCAAAAGAACACGGAUAAGUCCACUUCCACUGUAGCUCGACCCGCAAAGGAGACUUUAAGGGAAGAUGGUCUUUCCCGCAGGGCAGGCGAAACAACGGAAAAUUCUGAUGGCUGUGCCAAUGUCAAGUUCCACGAGUGUAACAUGCUCAUAGGACUGUGCGGUAUCGCGUAUAUGGGAAUUCAGGAAUGGCACAAUGAGAUGAUGAAGGUUCGUUCAUUAAAUAAUUUGGGCAAUACUGACAGCAGUGCAGCGGAAAUAAAAGAGGCCAAAUCCCAGAGUGUGACUGAGAUUAGUACAGUCAAAAAGCCUCCCGAUGCUUCAGCUGAAACUCAGAGACAACAAAUGCCUUCCUCUACUGAUGGAGGUAACUGGGCGUCGUUUGCCCCCCCAGCAAAUGAGAAGGCAUCAUCAGCAUCAAGUGCAAGUACCCUGGAAAUGUUGUUGCUAGAAUUAACACCGGCAAUCGUAACUGUCAGUAAUGUGUCCGAAGGACUCAGCGACUACGAUGCUCAGCCAACAGCAUCUGUGAGCAACACUUCACCCACUGGCAUAGCCUCCGAUGUUCCUGCAGAACAAAUAUCAGCACCAGCCAAUGUUCCUGCAGAACAAAUAUCAGCACCAGCCAAUGUUCCUGCAGAACAAAUAUCAGCAUUAGCCAAUGUUCCUACACAGCAAGCAUUGGUCCUGGCUGAUGAUCCUACUACAUCAACUUCUGUUGCCUCAAAGGAACAUAUUAGCGAAGAACCUCCCAAAGUUGCAGCCGAGAGCCAAGUUGACUUGUUAGAGCAGUUUCCAAGCAUUCAGAUGUGUCAGCCUCCAGCCUCCCCUUCUAAGGAUGAGAAUUUUGCGGUAGAACAGAAUGAAUCACCGCCAUUAACGUCACUCGAGCUUAAUGUGCAAGGACCUUCCUGGGAUUCAUCUCAAACUGCCGACGCAACUGUCCAAACGGCGAGCUCUGGUUUGGCAUUGCAGAACCUUCCCACUGAGCCGAACCCCAGCACGAGAAAGGAACUUCCAGCUGACCUUUUCACUGCAUUUUACCCUCCAGCACCAGCACCAAUUCAAGGCUGGCAAACAGCUAGACCUCAUGUCAUGGGCUUCAACAUGCAGUCCUAUCCUAACAUGACGCCUAUGCCCGCAUACCCAAGCUCUGCAAGGUCGACAAACCCAUUCGAUUUCGGUGAUGGAACUGAUCAACCUCAAGGGUCAGCGUUUCCUUCCAUGGAACCACCGCAAGGAGCACUGUCCAUUGUCUCAGCUUCUUCUGGGUAUGCACAAACUUCAAGCGAGGGUGCCCAAGCACCAGGAAUGAUGCUGCAUCAGUCUCCGUCGUAUGGAUCCGAUGUUGUCUCACCGUUUCAGUCACCUUCUUAUGGAGCCUUGCCGAUGGGUUUCCCCGUGGAGCAACAAGGGCAGGGUCAUAUGCCACCUUCAAGAGCUCAUGGCUUUGGAGGUUAUGGAACUGAUUCAUCUCCUUUUAGCUCCUUGAACACUAAUCAACAGAUGGCAACAAGCUACUCGGCACCCACAGCCCCAAAUUCUUUUCCGUCUUCAGGGGGAGGAAACCCAUUCGGGUAG